AGUCUCCUGGGAAACGAUGGCCUGGUUAGCCCAAUGGGACAGAGGUAUCAGCCGUGGUGGCAACAUGGGCGUCUACUGCUCGUGAUCCAUGGCAUCAUCAUCGCGGGCUACGUGGCUGUUCUAACAGCAGUGGUCCAUCGACGAUCCCAUGACAGUCAUAGACGAAAUUGCGUGUCUUCUUCACCAGCCGCAGAGGCAAUCCGGUGGGAAAUUCACAAGUUCACCCUCGAAGACAGGGUCCAAGACCAUGGAGGCUUCUCCGGAAGGCCAAGCCCGCAGCUAGACCGGGCAUGGCAUGAUUUGCUGAACUACGAAAACAUCAUCCUUGAGCCGGAGUACAUCGAGGCUCUGGGGAGACAGGAUAUUGCGGUCGCGGUCCCAGAAGGCUCGGGGUACCUUGGGACCCUGAACGUAUACCGCGAACUGCACUGUCUCAAGACAAUCUGUGAGACCACCAGAGUCGGAAACUGCUGUCUUCUUGUUCUACGUUAA